UUGGUGCACGUGGGCGCAUCGGCCGCCGCUGCUGCUUUCGGCGGCGGGGUGGGAGGCUCCUCUUUGCGCCUCGUCCCGGGCGUUUCGGUGGGGGGGGGGGAAGCCGGAGGACGAAGCCCAACGCGACUACCGAACCCGCUCUGGUUCUCUCCAGCCGAGUUAAAGGACAGAGAGCCGGGGGGAGACAUGCCCGAGGGUGGUCCCGGGAGUGGCUGUGAACCGGGUACGAGGAGACCACCGGGACAGAGACUGAGCAAGAAGGGGUUCGACGGCGCCUACUUGUGCUCUCUUCUCUGCAAGUGCCCGGGGGCUUUCCCGGGGCGCGAACCGUCCGCCAUCCUAGUGGCCGAGCGUACUAGAUCCUCUGUCACUAACCAACAUCCAUGAAUCCCACUAGGCUGCAUGAAACCAGCCAGCUGUCUGCAAAUGUCAGAAUUCACUUCAAAGUCUGCAGGUUCAUCAUGGAAGCAGGUGUGAAGUUAAGCCUGCGCUCUGUCCCUAUUGCAACAGCGUGCACCAUUUAUCACCGAUUUUUUAUGGAGGUGCCUCUGGAGCCAUAUGACCCUUACUUGGUAGCUAUGGCUGCACUGUAUCUGGCUGGGAAGGUAGAAGAACAGCAUUUGCGGAUAAGAGACAUCAUCAAUGUGAGCCACAGGUACUUGCAUCCUCGGAGUGACCCCCUGGAGCUGGACACACAUUUCUGGGAGCUGAGAGACAGCGUUGUCCAGUGUGAGCUGCUCAUGCUUCGUGGGCUCUGCUUCCGUGUCUCCUUCCAGCACCCCCAUAAGUACCUUCUCCAUUAUUUACUGUCCCUGAAGCACUGGAUGAAUCGGCAUAGCUGGGAACGCACCCCGGUGGCGGCGGCAGCUUGGGCUCUGUUGCGGGACAGUUACCAUGGACCUCUGUGCCUCCAGCACCCUCCACAGCAUAUUGCUGUGGCAGUCCUCUACCUUGCUCUGCAGUGUUACGGAGUGGAAGUACCUGCUGAUGCUGAAGCAGAGCGACCCUGGUGGCAGGUGUUCAGUGAAGAUCUUUCCAAACCUGUUAUGGACCAGAUAGUCUUGGAACUGAUACAGAUCUACACUUUGGAUGCAGAGAUCUAAGUAUACUACUUCCAGCCGAGGAUCUGUACUGAAUUGUCACGUUUCAAGCUGGGAUAAUGGUGGAAGUAUUACUGAUACUUGACGGGAUUGAUACCAGAAGUCCAUCCUGUUCUUUUGAGACAUCCCACUGAACAGCACUGGAGUUGAACAAGUGAAGCAUCUUGAUAGCCCUGAGAAUCUCCUAAUAGAAUUACUUUCCAGUGGAGAAUUCGUCUGGACUAAUUUUCCAUCGCCCACAAAAGGACAGUGUUCUAAAUUGGAAGUUUGUGGAAUGAGGAAAUGAGUGAAAAAGAUUCUUCACCUAUUUCAAGUAAAAUGUGCUGGCAAGAUA